GCGCGCGCCGAUUGGGCUGGUGGCCGCCGGGGAGCGGGGGCAGCACGUUGGGAUGCGCGCUACUUAAGGUCCAGCUGCGUGAGCUAUUGACGUGUUUGGAGCUGGAGACUGCCGGGUCCCUAGUGGAGUGGCACCCCGAGCCUUUGAAGCGUCAUUGCCAGCACCUACACCCAGUUUCCUUCGUUUUCCUCGCCCCGUGCCCUUCUCGGCGCCGUGGAAGGUUGAAGCAAGGUGUGUUCGCCUGUGCCCUCCAUCCACCGUUAGACGGAGAAGCAGCAUCGCGGAAGGCAGCAAGGUCUCGGACUUAAAUCUCUCCGGUUUCUCCGUUUGAGUUACCCGCCUCCCUCCGGUAUGCCACCCUGACUUCCUGACCCUGUCUCUGCACCCAGAAAUAGUAAGAAGACUGUUAGGAUGCCAGUGGUAACACGGAGACUGAGGGAUCCUGACAUAAAUCCUUGCUUGUUGGAAUCUGAUGCUUCUGCCAAAUGUUUGGAUGAAAAUAACUAUGACAGGGAAAGGUGUUCCACUUACUUCUUGAAGUACAAGAACUGCCGGAAAUUCUGGAAUUCUGUCAUGAUGCAGAGAAGACAAAAUGGAGUGAAGCCACCUAUGCCUACAGCAGCAGAAAGAGAUGAAAUCUUGGGAGCAAUGGGAAAGAUGCCCUAUUGAAUGUUUGCAUUAAAAUUGUUUAUUUAAUUUAAAAGCAGAUAAA